UCUCUGAGAUUUUGCGCUCCAGGAGCACGUACUGCGUCUUCGUGCUGAAGGGUCUUCCGGCGACGGUUGCGGCAAACUGUGAACACACAUGGCUUCGCCGGAAGCUCCCUUAUGUUACGCUGGAGUCGCAAGGCAGUCCGCCGCGUUUCGCCUUAUGAAGCAGAUGGGAUGGGAGGAGGGAGAAGGCCUCGGAAAAGAGAAGCAGGGGAUCAAGCGACAUGUUGGUGUUAAGAACAAACAGGAUACAAAAGGUGUCGGUCUAGAUAAUGCUGCUAAUAACUGGGUGUUUGAUACGUCUCAGUUUGACAACAUUCUUAAAAGAUUAAAAGUGCAAGUAGCACAACCAGAUGAUAAAGAAAUGCUUGGGAAAGGGGGCACACAAAUUAAUGGUGAGACGGAGGUAUUGGAGCUGGAUGAAGCUGUGAAAGCUACUCGACCGCAAGGAAGGUAUAAGAAGAGAGAGAGGGGGAAGGCUGUCAAUGCAUAUUCGGAAAAGGAUCUUCAAGGAAUCCUUGGAAAUAAGCUAGAAAAUCAGGCUGAUCUUCUAGUUAUUGAGCCAACAUCAUUAGAAGUUUCUGAUUCUAUUUUAAGUGAUCAAGAUGGUUCCAAAAUUGAAGAGAAAUCAGAACAAUGGUGGGGACAGAAAUAUGGGUUUGUUUCAGGAGGCUUUCUUGGGGCGCAAUCUCAGAGUAGUAAAGCAUUGCUAGCAAAAAAUCCUCAAUAUCUUGCAUCCGGGUCAAGGAAAGCAUUUGGUGAAGAAGAUCAAGAGAAUUUAUACAAACUAGUACAGGAUAAGGCUACGUCAGGAAAACAGGGGCUUGGUAUUCGGGAUAAGCCUAAAAAGAUUGCUGGAAGCUACUGGAAAGGGAGAAAGACUUCUUUCAACGACGAUGAUGAUUGUUCUGCUGCUUCCAAUGGCGUCAUAAAGCAGGAGCAAAGUGAUUUACCGGUGAUGGCCAAAGCUGAAGCUAAAACCAAACUAAAAAAAUUGUCUAAAGAGCUGCUUCGACAGGCACCUUCCCAAACGUUGAGGUUGAAGAAGCUUAAAGCACUUCUGGAGGCUCAUUCAGAUAAUAUUUUUUCAAAAUAUUGCUCAAAGCAGGAAGCUCUCUCUUACUUGAAAGAAAAGUUGGAAGGCAGCAACUCAUUCCAUGUUGAAGGCAAGAGAGUCAGUCUGCUAUCAUAAGGAAAAUGCAACCUGUUCUAAAAACACAAUUGAAGUUUGCGGCACUUCAUCUUAUUAUUUAUCCAUCUAUUAAUUCGGUCGCGAGGAUUAAUUAUUAUGUGUUGAUGCUAAACGUUGUCUGGAGACCAAUCAUAAUACACCACGUCACCCACCCUUUCGUUCAUUACUGCAGCUCGGUACUGUAGAUGUGAUGCAUUCUGAUUAAUCUUCGAAUGACAUUCUGCAUCCAGCUUCCCCACAUAAUAAUUUCUCUGCACGGGAAAUUUUGCUGAGGCUUUUGAUUUGGUUUUAUUUUUUGGAGUUAUUUGUAAUGACAUCCUUACAUUUAUAAAAAAUAAUUGCUUAAAUUAUUUCUUA